AUGAUAGUGAACGGCGUAGUAUUCGAUAAAGCGGCGCUUAAACAGGGCUGCCGAGUCCGAUCACGCGCGUCGCUGAUUGCCCUAGCCGGUGGCGCUAAUUUACGCAUCCGUGGCAGCCCUGAUCGAUUCCACGGGCCAAGGCACCCCUUCGUUAGCCGAUACGAGUUCUGUUUACUUAGCGAGCUUCGCGUCGGUUUUACGUACGUAGCUGUUGGCGUAGCUAUUGGUUUUGCGUACGCUGACUCCUCUCUACUUAGACUUGGAUACACUUCUAUACACGUCCCUGCU